AUGGGCUUGCUGGGCCCCGUGGUCUUAUACGCGAAGAAACUAAUGCAGGACAUGUGGAAAUGUAAGCUUCAGUGGGACGAAUCCGUCCCGCAGGAUUUACAUACCGCAUGGACGGAAUUCGCUCAACAGCUGGCGUCGAUAAAUCAAGUUUCCUUCGAUCGCAGGUUAUUCGCGGAGGGUUGCCGUGAUAUUCAGAUACACGGAUUUUGCGAUGCCAGCAAUGUCGGUUACGGGGCCUGUCUUUACGCACGAUCGACAGGGGAAAGCGGAGAAACGACGAUUAAAUUAAUUUGUGCAAAAUCGCGAGUAGCACCGUUAAAAACUAUAACGAUCCCUCGACUAGAGCUGAGUGGCGCAUUGUUACUCGCGCGAUUGUAUAUCGAAGCGAGUGGUGCGUUGAGCAUCAUACCUAGUAGAGUCAUAUUUUGGUGUGAUUCAACAAUCAUAUUACACUGGUUGAAAACGUCACCUCACUUAUUAAAACCCUACGUAGCAAAUCGAGUCGCGGAAAUCCAAGAAAUUACCGGUCCGUGCGAAUGGCGGCACGUAGGAUCGCAAGACAAUCCCGCCGACGCAAUCUCUAGAGGGCAAUUACCACACUGCUUUUUGCAAAAUAAAAUGUGGUUUGAAGGACCUUCGUGGUUGAAUCGAGAAGGAGAAUGGCCGUAUUUAGUGACGCAAUCCAUAAAGAUACCUGAGUUAAAGCGAAGCGCAUGUAUGAUAAUUAAGCACAAUGAUUUUGAAAUAUUACUGAAAUACGCGUCAUACUCUAAAUUGCUUCGCGUUAUAGCAUACUGUUGUCGAUGGCGGCCCGGUAAUAGACACAUUGACACACUAAAAACAACAGAAUUAAACGAGGCCGAGACGCGAGUUUUGAGGCUCCUCCAAUCUACGCAAUUUUCAAACGAAAUCAAACUGCUUAGAGAAAAUAAGCAAUUGCCAAGUAACAGCAAAAUUGUCAAUUUGAACCCUUUUUUAGAUAAUGACGGGCUAAUCCGAGUAGGAGGGCGGUUACGAUUGUCACAUUUAACAUUCUCACAAAAACAUCCAGUUUUAUUGCCUAGUCGACAUAAUUUAGUUGAUAGCAUUAUUCGCGAAAUCCACACGAGACAACAUCAUACGGGAAUUCAGACUACACUAUAUAACCUUAGACAAAAAUUCUGGCUGCUUGACGGUAAAAACCAAGUGCGAAAGGUCGUGCGGGCAUGCACGCGUUGCUUCCGUUUCAGUGCUAGUACAACCGAAUAUAAAAUGGGAAAUCUCCCUACGGUGCGCGUGCGUGGGGCAACACCUUUCGCGAACACGGGCAUAGAUUUCUGCGGUCCUUUCUUCAUUAAAGAAAGGAAACAUCGCAAUAGAACGAAACUUAAGGUAUACGUGUGCGUAUUUAUAUGCAUGACAAUUAAAGCUGUUCAUCUCGAGCUCGUGAGCGAUUUGUCCUCCGAUGGAUUUCUCGCGGCAUUAAGAAGAUUUAUAGCAAGACGAGGGAUGCCGGAACAUCUUUAUUCCGAUAAUGGAACCAAUUUCGUCGGAGCUAACAAUCAAUUGAAAGAAAUGUACGCGCUUUUUAAUUCCGAACCUCAUCAAAUUCUCGUAAAUCAGUUCGCAAGCCAGCAUCGUAUAGUUUGGCAUUUUAUACCGCCCGCCGCGCCACAUUUUGGUGGAUUGUGGGAGUCGACGGUGAAGCUCUUCAAGCAUCACGUCAAACGCGUUGUAGGAGACUCUUUGUUCACCUUUGAAGAGCCAAUUACGACACUUUCUUCUGAUCCGAAUGACUUUUUGGCAUUGACGCCGGCUCACUAUCUUCUCGGCAAGCCAUUAACAGCACUUCCAGAGGGUAACGUUAGCUCUAUUCCAGUAAAUCGAUUGUCUGCAUGGCAACACAUUGCAAAGGUCCGACAAGAUUUUUGGGCCCGUUGGCAUCUGGAAUAUCUUAACGAGCUUCAAAAACGCAGUAAAUGGUUCAAAGACGGACCAAAACUUGAGGCCGGAACAAUUGUACUCAUAAAAAAUAAAGGACUGCCGUGCACACAAUGGGCGCUAGGCAAAAUCACAGCCUUACAUCCUGGUGAUGAUGGAGUCGCACGGGUCGCCACCAUAAAAACGACAAAUGGAGAAUUAAAACGCUCCACUAGACUGCUCUGUCCAUUGCCGGCGUUGUCACGGACACGUAACACGUGGCCCAGGCGAAUAGCCCAAGGCGUUGCCACCAUUAAAAAUAUGCCAGAUUUUGGCAAGCAAGAAAAACACACCCACACGUUGACACGUCAUGUCGUGGCUCAGGCCGGCGGCCUAGGCGUUGCCGCGACCUACCAGCAAAUGUUGCGAUUUAGACGAAUAGCCUUAGGCGUCGCCAUUGGCAUACAAAAAUAUUGA